CAUAUUGGAAGGAGGCUUGUGCUGGGCAGCUGAAGAAGACACCGCUCUCCGUUCUCACCCUAAAUCCACACGGGCUCUUCAAUUAGCACGGCGGGAAAAAACAAACAAACAAACAAAAACUUCACAACGGUCAAAGGAGUGAAGGCCAUGUAUUGAGAGAAUAACGGUGGCAAAGGAAGAGGACAAAAUGUCAUCCACGAGAAAAAUCCAAGAGAUGACAUCAUUGUCAUUGCCAGGGAAAUCCCAAAGUCCAACAAACGGGAUGGGUGAACAGUCCCACUCAGAUGGAGACUUUAUCGAGGAGGAUGUAGACUUCAACUGGGAGGAGUACCUAGAGGAGAAUGAGGCAGUUGCUGCACCCCACUCAUCCUUCAAACAUGUGGAGAUCAGCCUGCAGAGCAGUUUUCAGCCGGGGAUGAAGUUGGAAGUAGCCAAUAAGAGCAGUCCGGACACCUACUGGGUUGCAACUAUCAUUACUACAUGCGGUCAGCUGCUCCUGCUACGCUUUUGCGGCUACGGCGAGGAACGGAAAGCUGACUUUUGGUGUGAUGUGAUGACAGCUAACCUGCAUCCCAUCGGCUGGUGUGCCCAGAACAACAAAGUUCUUAUGCCUCCUGAAGAUAACGUUUACUUAAGAAAAGCCAUAAAGGAGCGCUACAGUGAUUGGGCUGAGUUUCUGAUCCAGGAGCUGACAGGCUCUCGGACUGCACCAGCUAACCUGCUGGAAGGGCCUCUGCGAGGGAAGAACACAGUUGACCUGAUCACUCCAGGUUCCCUGCUGGAGCUCCAGGACUUGUGUGAACCCAUUCUUUACUGGCCAGUGAGGGUUAUGGAGAAUAUGGGUGGCCGGCUUCGCCUGCGUUACGCUGGAUUGGAAAGCGAUGACCAUGACACCUGGCUCUUCUACCUGGAUGUUCGGCUCCGACCUGUGGGCUGGAGUCAGGAGAACCAUUACACUAUGGAACCCCCUUCAGAGCUACGGGCUCUGAAGAGCACCUCUGAAUGGCAGGAGACCCUCCAGCAAGCAAACACAGAAGCAGAACAGAACCCUCUGCCUUUGGAAGUGUUCAAGGACCACGCAGAUCUGCUGAAACACACGUUCAACACGGGGAUGAAGUUGGAGAUGGUGUCCCCUCGGGAACCAUUUCAUAUCUAUCCUGUGUCCGUGACCAAGGUCUGGAGUGAAUACUACUUCCAGGUGACAGAGGAUGACCUCACUGGGGAGGGGACACCCUUCUUUGUGGCCUGCCAUGCCCACUCUCCAGGGAUCCUUCCCACACAGUGGUGCCUUAAGAAUGGAGUGACUCUGGAGCGACCACGAGGCUACCCUGGCCAGGACUUUGACUGGGCUGAUUACCUGAAGCAGAGCAGCACGGAGCCUGCCCCAGAAGCUUGCUUCCCAGAAGUUAGACACAGCCGUGGUUUUGUCAAAGGCAUGUGGCUGGAGGCUGUGAACCCACUGAGACCCUCCCAGAUCUGUGUAGCCUCUGUCAGCCAGGUGAAGGGGAGGCUGCUGUGGCUCCACCUGGAAGGCCUGGCCACUGCGCUGCCUGACUACAUUGUAGAUGUGGAGUCCAUGGAUAUCUUCCCCCUGGGGUGGUGUCAGGCCAAUGGCUACCCCCUCACCCCUCCGCACAAACCUGUCUGUCAGAACCAUAAGAAGAUUGCGGUGGUGCAGCCGGAAAAACAGUCGGUUCCAGCACAGCCAGUGGAGAACAGCCUUCCAGGGCUGUGUCCUACCCAAGCUCAGGAUGCAGGCUCUGCCAAUGGGAAGUAUUGCUGCUCACAGAUUUUUGUCAACCACCGGUGCUUCUCAGGGCCUUACCUAAACAAGGGGCGGAUCGCUGAGUUACCACAGGCUGUUGGCCCGGGCAAGUGUACUCUGGUCCUGAAGGAGGUACUCAGUAUGCUGAUCAAUGCAGCAUACAAGCCAGGGCGUGUUUUGAGGGAGCUACAGCUCGUGGAAGACCCUCAUUGGAACUUUCAGGAGGAAACGCUGAAAGCCAAGUACAAGGGGAAAACAUACAGGUCAACCAUCAGGAUUGUGAGAAGGUCGGAUCAGGUGUCGGACUUCUGUCGAAAAGUCUGCCUAAAGCUACAAUGCUGUCCAAACCUGUUUAGCCCCCUGCUGAUCACCGACAAGUGCCCUGAAAACUGCUCUGUGCACACUAAGACCAAAUACACCUAUUACUAUGGUAAGAAGAAGAAAGUGGGCCUCACAUCAGUGGGAGAGGCUUCUCCAGACAGCAUGAUCUCUAAGCCUGCACGCCGCAGAAAGAAGCGCAAGUCCAUUUUUGUCCAGAAGAAGCGUCGGUCAUCUGCAGUAGACUACACUCCUGCAGGGUCACCUCAGGACAGUGAAGAGGAUGAUGACAAUGGUGAGGACCAGUCAGGCAGUGAGGAAGGGACCAGCUCAGAGCCUCGGGGGGACCACACUGACACUUCAUCCGUUGAGGUGGCAGCCAGCAGCCGCCCACGCAGAGCUGUUACACUCCGCAGAAACACUGACUCUGGGGUCACUGGGGGUCCAGAUAAAGCUCGCCGUAAGAGGACGACUCGCUCUCUGUCUUAUACAGAGAGUACGAAGUACCACCCUGCCAAGCGGCAUGUCACCAAGGUAGAGAGCUGUGAAGAGGAAGACAAGUUGGUUCUGGACAGUAACCCCCUGGAGUGGACAGUUGCAGAUGUGGUCCAGUUCAUUCGCUCCACCGAUUGUGCCCCACUUGCUAAAAUAUUCCAGGAGCAGGACAUUGAUGGCCAAGCACUGCUGCUGCUCACACUGCCCACGGUACAGGAGUGCAUGGACCUCAAGCUGGGGCCUGCCAUCAAGCUCUGCCAUCAGAUUGAGAGAGUUAAGGUGGCCUUCUAUGCUCAGUACGCCAACUGAUUGGCAGUCCCUCGGGCAGCGCUGGCCAUUUGACCAUCGAGAGCAAAGGAUGUUGGAAGUUUUUUUUUUUUUUUUUUUUUGAGUAUAUCAUCUAUUUGAACUUGAAUGGACUUUGGGAUUAACAAGAGGAUUCAUAACCUGGAGACUGUGGUGGUCAGUCUAGUGGAGCUGUAACUCCCUCUGGAUUAUUGACGAUUAUUUUUGAUGGAUCUGUUGUUGAAGAAAUGUUCUGCUGCUUAGUUUUUCUUCUGUAUCUCAGCAAACGUGUAACAGAUGUCACAGGCACCUGAGGAAGUGGUAUCAGACACAUCUGCAGAAAUUCCUAUUUGGAAUCAGUGGGAACUUUGUAAAAUGAUUUACUUUCUUUACAUUUCACACAGCUCAUAGCUGGAAUGCUUGGUUUGUAAUGCUCUGAGUAUAAGCGAAACACCAACCUGUGCAGUGGGACAUUUCUAGAGUUUGGAUCCCACUGCUGUUUACCUUUUGGAAGUUUUGCACCAAUGAAAUCAACACAGACCUGAAAGCUGGAUGAACAGUCAAGCUGAAAGGCAAAAACAACAGCACAGGGGUGUGAUUCUCCAUCCGCAGUCUACUGUAUGUCUGUUUUUCUCAAGAUGUUUUGUAAAUGGAAACCAGCAUGGAUACAGUCUUGAUUUUGUUUUCUACUGUGUCUACAGUGACUUAUAUUUCCAUGUUUUUAUUUCCUUUUGCAUUUUAUUUCCACGAAAUGCCAUAAAUUCUGUUCCCUACCGAACAGGCAAGUUCUUCAUCAGCAGGGAUUUUAGUAGAGAUAGUGCCAUACAGUAAUACAUGUGAAAUAAUUUGUUCAGCCUUACUUCUCAGAUUUUCUCAGUCAUCUGUGUAGUUUUUUUUUUUUUUUUUUUUUUUAAACCAGUCUCAUUAAUCACAGUUCAUAUCUUGAAUCUGAAACAUAACCCUGUUUGGGCGUUUACAGUGUAAAUGGGAACGGAAAUAGAACUCGUAAACAGGGUAUGAGACCAUUGUUGAUUUGCCACUGAUGUCUGAUUAUCAGUGAAAAGGCACUUUAGCGAGACCUGAGCACCACAGAAGGAGAGUCAAGCCUCACAAGUACAGAGCCUCAUGUCAAGUGAGAAAUAAGAUUUCAGCACAAUCACCAUUUCUUUACCAUAUAUAUUUAUUUACCUUCUUGUAUAUGCUGAAGUUCUAAGGAUACUAUGAGGUCUGAAAAGCCAUUGACUUCUACGCUGUAUUUAUGUUAGCUGUUUAAAAAAGCAACAUAUUUAUGCACACCCUUAAAUUAUUUUACAUUAUAUUUUAAUUUAAUAUUAGAAAUAAUUUAUUGGUCAAUGGCUUUAGUUCAGUGUAUGAACAUCAGUGUGACAGCAAACAUUUGAUAACAUCAAGAUCUGGAGAAAAUGUUUCCUUUAUGAUGGGUACUGUAUAGGAGUGCUUCAAUGCAUACAGUAGUCUUUUUUCCUGUGUUUUGCUCUCACUAUUGUUGAAUUUGUGCUUUUUUUGUGAAAAUUCACCUUUAUCCAUCUAUGCAAAAUGCGGUGCAGGAAUUUUUCAUAUGCCAUUGACUGAAAUAAAGUCCAUUUUGUAUUGGUUUUUAUAAAAAAAAGAAAUUAGGGAGACUAUGAAGGAUUCACCUUCUGUCUUUUAAGAGGGGUUAUUAAUACUAGUGUGAAAAUUUUUUAAUCUUCACAUUUAUGCAAUGCAGUUCAUAUCUGUCGAAGCUUAAUUUAUUAGUUUCAGCUAGAAAAACUUUGGGACCCUCAUGCACCUGGACCACAGAAAGAACCUCUCCCGGAUGGGGCGCAAGGAAUUUCACUGGCAUUUGCCCUGUGCAGGUGACACAAGUGAACGUGGAGAACCAGGAGAACAAGAAGUAAUUGUUUAAAUGCUUUGUGCAUCUUCUUUGUCUUGUCUUGGCUUCACAUCUCUACACCACACCCCUGUUUUGAAAGAAACACUGAAGAGGCGGUAGAGGACAGUGCACAUCUUGGUGCUGGAAACAUAAACACCCAUCAUACUUAGUCAUUUUAAAUUUGUAUUGACUGAGGAGGAAUCAAGCUGUAUGAAUAACUGCCAGCUUUUCUUCUAAAAUUGUUUCUUUUGUCCUGUUCAGUUUUCACCAUCCUGUCUGUCUGUUGGUGACUGUGAAAUGAAGGGUUGAUAUGAACCUGCUACGCAGCAGUUUUGGCUGCAUUUAUUUGGGCAGUGUACAUAUUCAGGUUUUUAUUUCAGAUGUUUGCUCAGUGUGAAUACAUACAUUUGUACCUGUUGAAUUCAGUGGCACAGAGGAAAUAAAACGAAGGCAAACCAAGGUUUGAUUGCAUCAGUGAUGUCAGUGCCUUUUUUGCUUGAUGGAUAAAGUAUUAAUUUCUAAAUCCUUAAAUGAGCAACAGUGCUUUGGAAAAACAAAAAUAUGAAUCAACAUAACAGGCUAAUCAUUGCAGCAUUUCCUUGUUUUAGAUCACCUUUUUUCAAUAAAUGCCCAACCCC